AGGGCCAGAUUAGGAGAGGGGAAGGGCUGAGACCUCUGAAGUGGCAGAGGUGAGGAGUAGGAAGAUGAAGUGGAAGGUCGAUCUGCCUUAGAUGUUUGAAGACCAGUAGGAAAGUUGGGAGGGACCAAAGUAGAAGAGGGGUGAUGGAGAAGAGAUGGGAGUGGUUCCAGAGACGAGAAAGAGCAUAAUAUCAAAGUUGGACUAAAGUUAGUGAGGGAGAAGACAAUGCCGUGUCUCUUGGAGGAUAUGGCAGGAGUUUGACUCUAAGGGUUAGUACUGGAUUUUCUGAGAAAGAGAAAAAAAGACAAGUUGAGAAAGUUGUAGGCUGCAGAUACUUACGGGGAUGGGAGAGAGGGAAGCCUGUGAGGGACUUUGGUAGCAGUACGUAUGUGAGAAGAUGAUGAGAUGAAAUGUGGCAAUGCUAAUCAACGUUGAAUUAUGUGGGAGAAUCUGGUGAUUGCAUCUUCUUGGUUUCCUACAAGCCCUGAUAGGCCAGGAAUGAAUCAACUACCACCGUCCUCCUCAAUUUGAAAAUUAGCUCAGAAUGGGAGCCAGAUGUUGGAGCUUUAUCCACACCUAACCCACGCCUUUCCCCAAGACUUAUGUCUCUGGGCAUACUUAAUUUUAUUCUCUUCUCCUUUUCUCAUCUUCCUGGAUUGUGACAGUGAUUUCUCUCUGAUUCUUUCCUUGAAGGAAAAAAAGAAUUUGUGCACCAUGCUAUUGCGAUUCCAAUACCUGGAAGGUGGCCAGCUUUUAGCCAAGUAGUACUGAUAUUAAUUAACAACCAGUUAUUCUCUACUUCUUAGCAUAAAAGGGGAGGGGCCGGAUGGGAAGCUGACUGCAGUUUGGGGGCCUCCUGUAUUAAAAUCAUUCAAGGGAGAUUUUUUGCCAGUGAUGUGAGAGAAGAUUAAGGUAGUUCAAGGGGCCGGACUCAGAUCCCUGGAGCUUGCUUUUAUUUGGUAUACACUACUAUGUGUAGAAACCUGGUAAAACUGGAUUCCUACCCUCAGGACAUGGAUGGUCCAGUUGAGAUGAGAUCCACUUUCAAUGAUUGUAAAUAUUUGUCACAAUAGCGUAUACUAAAGCAUUGUUCUCUUGCUGUUGAGUUGUGAGGAACUAUUCUAGAUCUCAGCCAAGGAUAAACUGUGGCAGUCUCCAUCAGUUACACAGUCUGAGCUGUAAUAAGCUUUGGCCCACACCUGAGUAUCUUCUUGAAGCCAUGUUUGAGGAAAAUCAGAGUAGAGCACUGAGCUGAGUGGGAGGAAGCUUCCUAAAGUUUUCAGCCAGCAUUAGUAGAAUAUAUACUUUAUUAAGAAGGGAUUGUGAGAACAGAGGAAAACCAAGGGAGUUGUGGGUGGCCAAAAGAAGUAGAAAUAGAAGAGCAGAAGGCAGCUUAACAUCUCUGGAGCAGCCAGUCCUUGGAAGAGACUUUUGAAAACUCAGAGCUGCCCCACUAUUUCUAACUUUACCUUCCCUUCCAGAUGCCUCAUCCUCGAAGGUACCACUCUUCAGAGCGAGGCAGCCGGGGGAGUUACCAUGAACACUAUCGGAGCCGAAAGCAUAAGAGACGAAGAAGCCGCUCCUGGUCAAGUAGCAGUGACCGGACUCGGCGGCGCCGGCGGGAAGACAGCUACCACGUCCGUUCCCGGAGCUAUGAUGAUCGUUCAUCAGACCGGAGGGCAUAUGACCGGCGAUACUGUGGCAGCUACAGGCGCAAUGACUACAGCCGGGAUCGGGGAGAAGCCUACUACGACGCGGACUACCGGCAUUCCUACGAAUAUCAUCGGGAGAACAGCAGUUACCGCAGCCAGCGCAGCAGCCGGCGGAAGCAUAGACGGCGAAGGCGACGCAGCCGGACAUUCAGCCGCUCGUCUUCGCAGCACAGCAGCCGGAGAGCCAAGAGUGUAGAGGACGACGCUGAGGGCCACCUCAUCUACCACGUCGGGGACUGGCUACAAGAGCGAUAUGAAAUCGUAAGCACCCUGGGAGAGGGGACCUUCGGCCGAGUUGUACAGUGUGUUGACCAUCGCAGGGGCGGGGCUCGAGUUGCCCUGAAGAUCAUUAAAAAUGUGGAAAAGUACAAGGAAGCAGCUCGACUUGAAAUCAACGUGCUGGAGAAAAUCAAUGAGAAGGACCCUGACAACAAGAACCUCUGUGUCCAGAUGUUUGACUGGUUUGACUACCAUGGCCACAUGUGUAUCUCCUUUGAGCUUCUGGGCCUUAGCACCUUCGAUUUCCUCAAAGACAACAACUACCUGCCCUACCCCAUCCACCAAGUGCGCCACAUGGCCUACCAGCUGUGCCAGGCCGUCAAGUUCCUCCAUGAUAACAAGCUGACACAUACGGACCUCAAACCUGAAAAUAUUCUGUUUGUGAAUUCAGACUACGAGCUCACCUACAAUCUAGAGAAGAAGCGAGAUGAGCGCAGCGUGAAGAGCACAGCUGUGCGGGUGGUAGACUUUGGCAGUGCCACCUUUGACCAUGAACACCAUAGUACCAUUGUCUCCACUCGCCAUUACCGAGCACCAGAGGUCAUCCUUGAGUUGGGCUGGUCACAGCCUUGUGAUGUGUGGAGCAUAGGCUGCAUCAUCUUUGAAUACUAUGUUGGCUUCACCCUCUUCCAAACCCAUGACAACAGAGAACAUCUAGCCAUGAUGGAAAGGAUCUUGGGUCCUAUCCCCUCCCGGAUGAUCCGAAAGACAAGGAAGCAGAAAUAUUUUUAUCGGGGUCGCCUGGAUUGGGAUGAGAACACGUCAGCUGGACGCUACGUUCGAGAAAACUGCAAACCACUUCGGCGAUAUCUGACCUCGGAGGCAGAGGAACACCAUCAGCUCUUCGAUCUGAUUGAAAGCAUGCUAGAAUAUGAACCUGCUAAGCGGCUGACCUUGGGCGAAGCCCUUCAGCACCCUUUCUUCGCCCGCCUUCGGGCUGAGCCACCUAACGCCAAGUUGUGGGACUCCAGUCGGGAUAUCAGUCGGUGACGAUCAGGCCCUGGGCCCCGCUGCGUUUCUUAACAGCAGUGGGUGUCCAGUCCAGGACACUGGUGCUUUUUUAUACAAGAGAACAGAGCCGGAGCCCACUCUCCUGGCUCCCUAUGUACCUGUGAAUAUGUGAAAUAGUGUAAAUAUGAGAACUUGUACCUAUCGCUUCAACCCCGCCUUGUACAUAAUGCUAUUCCAUCUCACACUCUUCCCACCCUCACCUACCCCUCCACAGUUGAGUUGGAUAGGGGCAGAAUGAGGUAACCAGGUGGCAUCUAUCCCAUAUUUUAUAAGGAAUUUUGUACAGUCUUUGUGAAAUAAAAUGACGUGCUUCAUCUGACCCCCA